UAUAGCUUAUUGCUUUAUUAAGAUAUAUCAAUUGAUAACAUUGAUUUCUAUCAUUAUCGUUAUAAAGAAAACGUUUUAUAUAUUCAAUCACAUUGGUGAUUUACAUGAAACGGAUAAAGUUUGCAAAACUGGCAAAUACUUGUUAGUUAAUAGAGCACAGUAAGAAUCAGAGCAGAGUGACAGUGGUGUAUUAUAUAUAAAAGACCUGAUCCACAAUUGCAUUAUAUUCAUCACCUGUGUUUCUAUAACCAGCCGAAAUGAGUACUUCACUGCGAACAUCAUUAUCUCUCGCCAUUGUGUUAUUGAUGUUGAGAGCAUAUCAUGCAGAUGUAUGCUGUUUUCCAAGCCAAUUUGAAUGUCAUGCCAAUCAUUUCAUGCCAAAUGAAAAAGCAAAAAUAUAUAGGCCUUAUAUAGAGAGAGAUUUUGACAUAUCGUUUGACUGGACCAAAAAACGCUUGAGACAGUACUCUCCAGCUACAGGUUAUGUAGAAUUGCUGUUUUUCGAAAAGGCUGUCGUUUAUUUCAUCCGGAAUUCAACUUGCAGUAUCAAACUACUUGAGCCUCCUAAAAUUGGAGCAUUCUGUGUUCCAGAUAAUGCUAAACGUAUGAAAAGUUACACACUUGGUGUGAAAGAGCAGAUAAAUGUCACUGAUUAUUUGUAUAAAAUUGACCAAACGCAGAUGUUGCGGACAAUUUCUGACAACUGUGUGCCGGUGUUUGAUUUAAUUUUCCAUGCGAAGUCAAACUUUAAAAACUUUAACACAAUUUUGGCCACAUAUCAGAACUUGACUCUUGGAAUUAAAGACGAAAAGGUGUUUGAUGUACCAAGUUUCUGCAAAUCAAGCGCCAAGAAGGAAAUAAACUCAAAAGUAGAGGGCACCAGUUUGUUCUGGAAUGUCUUUGUUUAAAGCGCAGUGAUUAGAUCAGCACUUUCGACAAUGUGAAAUAUAUAAAGAUAUGUUUCUAUGUGCAAGGAAUAUAAAUGACUAAAUGAGAUUUACAUAACUUUUUGAAAGACUAAAGUGAAAGCAAAAUGUGUAUUAAGAGUUUAGAAAAAAAAAUGUAUUAACAGUAUAGAAAAAAAACAACAAAAAUAACCUGAACAUAUUUAACAACUAGCUGUUUUCAUAGUAUGAUCAAUAGUCAGAAGCUUGAAAAUAUGGGACAUAUCUGAUAUUGAAAUUAUUAAUGACACUUUUCUAAAACAUUUAAAGCAGCACUCCUCCAGAUUCAUGCUAAUUAUAUAUAUAUAAUAUAACGGUAUUGUAAAGUUACCAUAAGAAUGCUAUUUACACAUUAUCAAUGGCAUUUCAGCCUAUAUAACUUACUAUAAAGAGGUCAAAAUAUGCAAAAAUAGCUCUUUCUGCGUUAGUAACGCAGUAGAAAUAUAGUUAUAAAUACUGAAAAAUUCGGUCAUUAAUAUGUAAAUUUUUACUAGAAUUUUGAAUCUUUAUACCUUUCCUAAAAUUUAAGUACAUUUUUCUCAGGUUUGAUUUUAUCGAAAUAUUUUUGCUUAUCUUGAGGCGUGCAGCUUUAAGUGUGAACUCACGCCUUAAAGUAGUUUGUACACUAUAUAUAUUACGAAAUUCAUAUAUCAUGCAUGUAAAGGUUUUAAAGAAGUCUAAAUCCGGACAUGAUUUAAAAAGUUUAUGAUACAAGGUAUCUAUAACUUGACAACAUUAUGUUCUUUUUCCUUGGAAAAAAUCACACGUCACUUUAAACUGGUUCCGAAAUAGUUUUGCCAUUACAAACUGUUUUUAAAAUGACCAUUCUGUCAUGUUCUAGCUCACAACUUUAUAAAUAUGUUACACUGCAUGUGCUAGUGCCGAUUCAUUUCUACAAAUCUGCUGAUAAAAUAUAUGUCUACUAAUCAUCCAAACCUAUGUAUACUAUACAAUAAACUGUAAACUGAA